AUGUCGAUGACGGAUUUGGCAUUGAAACAUCGCAAAGCUGCAGCAGCGAAGAGGCGGGAGGCUGAAAAGCGGGAAAUAGAAGCUUCCAGUCGAAGAAACCUUGCCGGUGUCCGUGUAGUCCAGAAGAACCUUGUUUAUGUCAUUGGCCUCAACCCCACGAUACGAGACGAAAGUCAACUAUUACAGACCUUGCGCGGAGACCAGUACUUUGGACAAUACGGUGAUAUUGAAAAGAUUGUUGUUAGCAAAGCAAAACCGGGUGGCAACCCAAACCAGGGCAUUGGUGUCUAUGUCACUUUCGCUCGGCCCAAUAUGGAACCACGAAAUACUGUUCAUCGUUUCUUCGAAAUGAACAGUGUAACAACCGUAACUCCGAUGCGGAGACAAAAUAGCAGAGAUGAAACGGGGAAUCGAACCAAUACGGACUCCUCAGCUCUACCAUCGUCUGCAAGCUGGGCCAAUAAGGAUUCCCAUGUGCAACGUACACGACGACCAAGUGUGACGGCUAGCCACUCUUCUCCAAGCCCGAAAGGAUCGAAUGCUGUAGUCAACAAGAUUGAGGAAUUAAAACGCAGUGUGGGGAGACAAUCCCAAUCCGGACAACAACCCUCCCGCCAGCAAACCCCGACUGUAGCAGAGGCCUCAAGCUCUUCUCCACAUGUGACUCGAACAGACUCUCCUAUACCGUCUGGGCCUCACGAAAUUCCAGUGCUGGAUGGUCUUGUGACAGCCGUAAACAAUCCCGACUUCCGUUUUAUAUUUUCGUCCGCUGGAUUGCCUCCUGAGGAGCUUGCGUACCUUGAAAAUCAUCCUUCAAUGAUUGAUCCUUAUGGCGGGGUGAAACGUCGUGCUAUGCGUGAGAAAGCAGAACAUGAACGUACAAACCAAGUAACUGACAACCAACUGUUACUUCAUCCAAUUGCUAAUGAGGAAGAAAAUCUUGAGGGAGGAAGUUCCCAGCUCGGAGGCGAGCCAGAAGAGAUGCAUACUGCUGGUCUCUCUGGUCGGAAUGCAAGAGAGACACUUAGUGCCAUUCAACCUCCGUCACAACAAACAACUACAGCAAAUUCUGCUAUUGGAUCGCCCGUUUCUUCUGGUGGGCACCAGUUCCAAGGUCUAAACAUUGCAGGCAGGAGCCUCACGCCCCUCCAGCAACAGCAACUUCUGUUGCUGAAGAACGCUGGCGGACAACACAUGGGAUUAAUGGAUCAAUUACAAACAACUUCUGUCUCUAACUCAUUCGAGCACAAUUCUCAACAACGGGCAGGUGUGUACCAGAAUCAGAUCCCGCAAAUACCUGUUAUGCAAGGACAUGCCAGACAGUCGUCGAGAUUCUCGUUUGCGAAUGAAGCCAAUGCGAAGAAUACCUCCAAUCAAAGACUGGUCAAUCAGCAGACAUCGACACCGCAGGGCGCCAAUCAGAAUCCCCUUAAUGUAACUGGACAACAUGGUUUGGGAAAUCAUUACUUCGUUAGUGGUGUUCAGGGUCCUCCGCCUGGCUUGAAAACUGCUGGAACUCCGCCGAUUAGUGGUGGAGGAAUGUUUGCUCAAGGCCAUGGCUUCACAAGCACAAUGAACAAUAACCUCGGCCUUGGGACCAAGCAAGAUCCUAACCCGGACCUAAUGCGUGAACUUAUGUGUGGUCGAAGUGGCACGAGUGGUGGCGGCGGCGUUCAAGCGCAUGAGGCUGCUAAGCGUGAGUUUAUGUUUCCUUUUCUCCAGAUGCAUAACACACCCCCUCCCCUGGCUCCCGUAUCUGGCCUUCUCAACUCUCUCUAUGGCCAUCAUAAUGGGUCCCACCAAGAUCCAGGACCACAGAAGCAGAAGAAGAGGGGGAAGAAGCACAGACACGCUAACACUUCCUCCGGCGGAGGUGGUGUAGUAGAUCUUGCGGACCCGAGUAUUUUGCAGGCUAGAAUGCACCAAAGUGCUACUAGUGCUACCCCUGGGCAGGGACUUUACGGGAGCCAGGGCCAAGGUGGGUACAAUCACUCCAACAUGGUCUAUGGUGGUGGCUUUGGCCGAUGGUGA